AUGAAAGAAGCUCCAGCUGCAGCAGCUGCGGCAACGCUGCUCCCAUGUUUUCCGGGAGGCUGCUUCCCCCUCCCCCCUCUCUCAGCUUGCCACCUGCUCUUACACCUACUGCUGCUCCACGGACUCCCAUCGCUACAUCGCGGGAGCACUCUUCAACCCCACAGCAGCACCGUCGAGGCUGCUGGCAUGGCAGAGGCGCACGAGAGGCCGCAGGCGAAGCUGGGCAGGGCUGCUGGGUGUCCCGUGGCCGUCUCUCUCUUGAAAGGCGGACAUUGGGAGAAAGAGUGGGCACCGGGUGAGGCGAGGCUGGGCUGGGCUGCUGGGUGCCGUGUGGGCGUGUCCUUCCUGGAAGACAAGCAGAGGGAGAAGGAGGUGAGAUAUAAAGUUACAAACCAGGAGCCAGACGCCAGGAGAUCCACACUCUUGCACUUUCAUGCUCCUCCCUUUUCUCCCCCCGCUCCCAAUCCCGCUCCCCGCCCUCCUCACUCGUCCUCCGCAGCAUGGAAGGGCGCUACAGCGUGCACCUCUCCCCGCCCUGCCUCCUUUUCUCUUCCUCAUUGUGUCUUUCUCCUUCCCCACCCCAAUACUCCACCGGAAACCCCACAGUUUCCACCUCUUCAGCGCAUCAUGGUGGGGCGCUAUGUGUUAAAGCACUCCUUGCUUGCUUACCUUUCUUGCCAUGCUUUUUCCUCCCUCCCUCCUCUGCAUUUUCCCCUUAACCCCCCUCACCCUCCUCUCCUCUUCCGCGCAUCAUUGCGGGGCACUGUGGCACACAGAGCCAAGAUCACCGCUCUCCUCACGCCUCCCUUCUGGCCCUUGGUGGUUACUCCAGCAGUGUGUUCUUCCUCUUAUCAGCCUUCGUUAUCCACGCCUUUCACAACAGCGAGGAGCAAAUCGCCAAUUACCAUCUGCCAAGUGGCGAGUAAGGAGGAAGUGAGUGCGCAGGGAGGAGUUGGAAAAUGGGAGGGGAGAGACCAACAAGCACAACCCCAUCGCCUUGGCAAUCCACCAUCCACUCCCCUCCCCAUCCCCUCCCCACCAUCCACCCGUCUCCCCACCAUCCACCACACUCCCCACCAUCCACCCGUCUCCCCACUAUCCACCACACUCCCCACCAUCCACCCGUCUCCCCACCAUCCACCACUCUCCCCACCAUCCACCCCUCUCCCCACCAUCCACCCCUUUCCCCACCAUCCACCACUCUCCCCACCAUCCACCCCUUUCCCCACCAUCCACCACUCUCCCCACCAUCCACCCCUUUCCCCACCAUCCACCACUCUCCCCACCAUCCACCCCUCUCCCCACCAUCCACCCCUCUCCCCACCACCCACCCCUCUCCCCACCAUCCACCCCUCUCCCCACCAUCCACCCCUCUCCCCACCAUCCACCACUCUCCCCACCAUCCACCCCUCUCCCCACCAUCCACCCCUCUCCCCACCAUCCACCACUCUCCCCACCAUCCACCCCUUUCCCCACCAUCCACCACUCUCCCCACCAUCCACCCCUCUCCCCACCAUCCACCCCUCUCCCCACCAUCCAGGGCUCUCACCAUCCCCCUCACCACUCACAACCUGCCCGGGAGAAGGACAUGAGGGAGUGGAAACGAGUGGCAGUGCCGUGGAACCCAGAGGGCCCCAGGAGGAGGUAAGGCGCAAAGAGGUGCACGUUGUAUUGCCUCCCCAUGUUGCGCUGUAA